AUGUCAAAUAUUGGUUUGCAAGUGCGCCAAUCGGUGCCAGGAAUCGACCCAGUUGUCGCAGAGUACGCCGUCGGCUAUAUCACCCACAUCUCGCUGUGCACUGAGGACAGCGUUUCCGCCCAGCAGGUGGACAUCCACGGGGAGAUGCAAUUCCUCUCGGACUUGCUUGUGAGUGCGGGUGGAAACCCGGAAAAGGUUUCGGCGAUGCGCACAAAGAUGGCUGAGGUUUUGACCAAGAAGUUGCGCGAAAAUAUGGCCAAGUUAGAGUUGACCGGUGACACCUCCAAGCGGUUGCUUGACCGCUCGUUGUUCAACAACCGUGAAGCGCUGUCCUCGUUGGCGUUGUUGGGUGCGACACAGGACAUUGAACACAACGGGAGAAAUAUGGAGACACGUGUUGAUAAGAAAAAGUUGGAGAAGGCGGAGCGCAAGAUUGCGAAAAAGGUGGCCAAGAGAGACAACAAGUUUGUCAAAUACGAGGCGUCCAAGUUGUUGAAUGAACAGAGUAGCGAUGAUUACGACGAGUUUUUCCUCAAGAUCAACCCGAUUGACUUCUCGUCUGGGGCCGGUGCUGGUAAGUCUAAGGACAUCAAGAUCGACAACUUUGACUUGUAUGUGGGUGAGGGCCAGAGAAUCCUUUCGAACGCAUCACUCUCCUUGGCGUACGGCAGACGCUACGGUAUUGUGGGCCAGAAUGGUAUCGGAAAGUCGACGUUGUUGCGCGCGUUAUCGCGCAGAGAGUUGAACGUGCCGAAGCACAUCACAAUCUUGCACGUCGAGCAGGAGUUGCGCGGUGACGGAACUUCCGCGUUGCAGAGUGUGUUGGACGCUGAUGUGUGGCGCAAACAGUUGUUGUACGAGGAAUCAAAGAUCCAGGAGCGCAUCAGUGAUAUCGAAAAGUUGCGUGCGGACUUUGACGAGGACUCCUCGGAGGUUAGAAAGUUGGACGGCGAGAGGGACGACUUGGAGUCCCACUUGCUUGAGGUGCAUAGCAAGUUGGAGGAGAUGGAGUCGGACAAGGCCGAGGGUCGUGCUGCGUCGAUCUUGUACGGGUUGGGCUUCACCAAGGAGACACAGUCCAUGCCAACCAACUCGUUCUCCGGUGGGUGGAGGAUGAGAUUGUCGCUUGCUAGAGCCUUGUUCUGUAAGCCGGACUUGUUGUUGUUGGAUGAACCGUCGAAUAUGUUGGAUGUGCCGUCGAUCACCUACCUCGCCAACUACUUGCAGUCCUACCCAUCGACCGUGGUUGUGGUGUCGCACGACAGAGCGUUUUUGAACGAGGUUGCCACGGACAUUAUCCACCAGCAGUCUGAGAGAUUGAACUACUACAGAGGUGCCAACUUUGACUCCUUCUACAACACCAGAGAGGAGAGACGCAAAAACGAGCGUCGUGAGUAUGACAACCAGAUGGCCUACAGAAAGCAUUUGCAGGAGUUUAUUGAUAAGUUCAGAUACAACGCUGCCAAGUCGUCCGAAGCGCAGUCCAGAAUCAAAAAGUUGGAAAAACUACCGGUCUUGGAGGCGCCAGAGGAGGAGAAGAUUGUGUCCUUCCACUUCCCCGACCCGGAAAAGUUGUCCCCGCCAAUUUUGCAGUUGCAGAACGUCACCUUUGGCUACGACCCAUCUAAGUUGUUGUUGACCAACGUCGACUUGGAUGUGCAAAUGAACUCGCGUAUCGCACUUGUGGGUGCCAAUGGGUGUGGUAAAACCACCUUGUUGAAGCUCUUGAUGGAGAGAUUGACCCCGUUGGACGGUUCCAUCACGCGUAACGGGAGGUUGAGAAUCGGGUACUUUGCCCAGCACCACGUCGACGCCAUGGACUUGAACGCGUCUGCCGUCACCUGGAUGUCCAAGACCUACCCUGGGAAGUCCGAUGAGGAAUAUAGACGCCACUUGGGGUCCUUCGGGAUCACCGGUACCUUGGGGUUGCAGAAGAUGCAGUUGCUCUCCGGUGGACAGAAGUCGCGUGUGGCCUUUGCCGCGUUGUGCUUAUCGAAUCCGCACAUCUUGGUGUUAGAUGAGCCAUCGAAUCACUUGGAUACCGCUGGGUUGGACGCGUUGUCCGAAGCGUUGGACAACUUCAAGGGUGGUAUUUUGAUGGUUUCGCAUGAUGUGUCCACGAUUGACAGAACGUGCAAGGAGAUCUGGGUCAGUGAGGACGGUACGGUGCGCAGAUUUAACGGUGAUAUUCAUGACUACAAGAAGUACAUCUUGGCGUCUGCGAACAGUGCCGGUGUGGUAAAGCAGCAUUGA